GCGGGGGCCGGUACUGGACCCGGCGGGAUGAGCGAGGUGGAGGCGGCAGUGGUGGCGACAGCGGCCCCCGCGGCGACGGUGCCCGCGACGGCGGCAGGGGUGGUAGCGGUGGUGGUACCGGUGCCCGCGGGAGAGCCGCAGAAAGCAGGCGGCGGGGCGGGCAGCGGCGGCGGGGGCGGAGCCGCCUCUGGCCCCGCUGCUGGGACCCCCUCGGCGCCAGGCUCACGCACCCCUGGCAACCCGGUGACGGCGGCCUCGGGGACCCCCGCGCCCCCGGCUCGGAGUCAGGCGGACAAGCCGGUGCUGGCAAUCCAAGUCCUGGGCACUGUCAAAUGGUUCAACGUCCGGAAUGGUUACGGAUUCAUCAACAGGAAUGACACCAAGGAGGAUGUCUUUGUUCACCAGACAGCUAUUAAAAGAAACAACCCCAGGAAGUUUCUGCGCAGCGUUGGAGAUGGGGAGACUGUGGAGUUUGAUGUCGUGGAAGGAGAGAAGGGUGCAGAAGCUGCCAAUGUAACUGGGCCUGGGGGGGUGCCAGUGAAAGGCAGCCGCUAUGCCCCCAAUCGACGUAGAUUCCGCCGAUUCAUCCCCCGGCCUCGCCCAGCUGCCCCACCACCUAUGGUGGCAGAGGCUCCCUCAGGUGGAACAGAACCUGGUAGUGAAGGGGAGCGGGCUGAGGACUCUGGUCAGCGGCCCAGACGACGGCGCCCACCACCUUUCUUCUACCGAAGACGGUUUGUGCGAGGCCCUCGGCCCCCUAACCAGCAGCAGCCUAUAGAGGGCACUGAUGGGGUAGAACCCAAAGAGACAGCUCCGCUAGAGGUGGACCAACAGCAGGGAGAUGAGCGGGUGCCUCCACCCAGAUUCCGGCCCAGAUACCGAAGGCCUUUCCGCCCCAGGCCACCUCAGCAGCCUACCACUGAAGGUGGGGAUGGUGAGACCAAGCCCAGCCAAGGCCCCACUGAUGGUUCCCGGCCUGAGCCCCAGCGCCCACGAAACCGCCCCUACUUCCAGCGGCGACGGCAGCAGCCCCCUGGCCCCCGGCAGCCCACAGCCCCAGAGACCUCAGCCCCCAUCAAUAGUGGGGACCCCCCCACCACCAUACUGGAGUGAUUCCAACUCAAAGGACACCCAGAACUACCAUCUGGUAUCUGCCAGUUUUUUCCAACUGACCUGUACCCUACCCAGCACCCCCUCCCUCCUUUCCCAUAACUCAUGACAUCAGAAGACCGGCUUUUCCCCUUUUCCUUGAGACUCAGGAGGGCUAAAGCAACAGCCUUUUGCAUUUUUUCCCCCAUUCUUCCCUGUCAAGGGUUGAAGGAAGGGCUCCAUCCUUAGUGUUCGGAGGCAUCAACUUCCUCCCCUAAGUCAGGCUGAGAAGGAACCAGCCAGCUCUUAACCUCCUCCUGGUUGCUUUUCUUUCCCACCCAGUUUAUUUUUGUUUCCCUUCAACCCCCUACCUCUGAAGCCAUUUUAUGAACUGUCAUGUGCCACCUGAGCCUCCAGUAAAAACAAAAACAGGCUUUCUUGUUGU